GUAUAAAAAUUUGUGGUAGUAAGUGUUGAGUUAUAAGUGAAGUUGGCAUGUAUUGUCUAAGCGUGGCAUGCAAGUGCGGUAGUGGCGUUAGAGAUAAUGACACUGGGGAGAGAUGAGUCUGGAGCUGGGAUACGACAGGAGAAGAGGAAACGAACGAGUUGGAGUGGAACAAGAACAGAAGAGAUACAGCCAUGUCAUGGGAGUCUGUCGCGUCCAAGCAUUACCUUGGGAGUUCUGGGAGUCAUCAGUUGUCAGCAACGGCAUUACUUGGCAGCCCAGAUGAUUGUGGAUACGUUUAUCAAUUUGCUGAAGAGGAUUAUCAAAGCGAAUAUCAGAAUGGAAGUACUGAUAGUCAAUAUAAAACAUCAGUCAGAUCUGGUGUUGGAAUAUGGGAGUGUCUUAUCGGCUGCAGACAUCGAUUGGAUCAACAAUUAGCAAGAAGACGUGUAGAACAAGGCUUAAAAUUGUAUCGAGCACACAAGCAGCAGGCAGCGGUACGUAAAUGGCGAGGAGCAUUAAAAAAUAUACGACAACGAGAAGACAAAUUUACUUUGCUGGGAUAUCUUUAUCAAGCGUACAUGGAUUGGGGAAAAUACAGGGAUAGCAUAGACUUUGCGCACCGGCAGUUGGGGAUUUCUGACGAGCUGGACUCGCCCAACAUGCGGGCUGAAGCUUAUUUAAAUUUAGCCAGGGCACAUGAGAGACUUGGUGCUCUUGAGAGGGCAUUGGCUUACGCCCGACACAGUCUUUACAAUGAGUGUGAUCAGUGUGCGACUGCUGGAUUAGUUCAUUUGACAGUAGGCAGAGUACAUUUAGAAUUAGCCGGAUUCUGCAAAGCGCUGGAAGCUUUUCAGAGGGCUCACAAAAUUGCUCAUUCUAUUCAGGAUCCUUCGCUAGAACUUCAGGUAUAUGUCGGGCUGUCUGAAUUAUUCUGUCGUCUUCAAGAUGCCGAGAAAAGUGCGAGAUAUGCAGCUCGGGCGUAUGAUCUCUCAAGAAGUUUACAGCUUGCGGAUUUGAAUUCUAGACAUCAUCGUGCAGCCUUGUUGCAAAUGGCAACAGCGCUAAGGAAAAAAGGCGAACUUGGUGAUGCCCAUGAUUAUUGUUCGGAAGCCACCCGGUUGUCUCUAGUAUCUGGGGAUCAAGCCAGUUAUGCACGAAGUAUAAGAAUAAUGGGAGAUAUCUACCGUAAAAAAUCAGAAAUCAAUAAAGCCUUUCGACAAUACGAGAGUGCUAUGGGAUCGGCAGCAGCAACUGGAGAUCGAUUAUGUCAAAUGGAAGCAAUGGAUGGUGCUGCCAGGUGUCUCGAAGCUUUACGACUUCAACACAAAAUCUGUAAUUGCCGACCGUUAGAAUUCAAUACAAGAUUACUUGAAGUUGCAAGCUCUGUUGGUGCCAAGUUACUCGUGAGAACAGUGCGAUGCAGGCUAUCGCGAAUCUACGGUUCUCUAGGAGACGAAGAACAAAAAAAUCAUCAUGAAAGAAUAGCUGCUGCUACUGAAGAAGACUUGGAGCUGAGAUGUGGUGGAUGCAAUGAGUCUUUUGGUUUAGAGGCUGAUACUCUUGAAGCAUUGCCGUGUUCACAUAUUUUACAUGCAAGAUGCGCGUAUGAUAUAUUAAAGAGACGCGAUAAAAAGAAAAAACGUCUUUGUCCUGAUUGUCAUAAAUCCGUAAGCUCACGUUUAUAUUUACACUGCGAUGAUACUCAUGAUUUAAAUCAGAGUUCAUUGAGCUUGGCGUCAUUAAAAGCAAGCAGUCUUGCUACUUUGAAUGACUGCCAUGCUACUAGUAGUGUUUAAUUUAUUUUUCACAAACAUUAUCAUUAAUUUACCAUUUCCUUUAUAAUUUAAUUAUGUGCGAGAUAAAUUAUUUAUUGUAUUUAUAUUGAUUACACCAAUUUUUAGUUUUAUUCUCACUAUAAUUACAGCCAAUUAUUACUAGACUUCUUUUCAAUCGUGUAAAUUUAUAAAUUUCAUAACCGAAGCUCCAACGAAAAUUAUUGUCAAAUUUAUAAUUUAUUAACGUGUUCAAUAUCCGGUCGCCGAUACCAUAAAAGCGUAAUAUAGCAAAGAGCAUCGUCAAGUGGCAUAAAUGCGUAUGAAAAUAAUUUUUUUGCCUUGAGGGUGUACUUUAAAUCAUUCCCGUCCGUUACUCAAGUCGACGAACUUACAAAAUAAAUUCUUACAUCAAAAUUAUCCAGCAAAAUUGAUAUUUUAAAAAUUCUGAAGAUAGCCGACAAUUAACAUUUUUCGGAUUUUUUUUUCAGGAAUCAAUAACGGAAAAAAAAACUAAAAAUAUGCGCAUGUAGAAAAUAAAAAAAUUUACAGGUACAAAUUUUUUAAUAAUUUUUUCUUUUAUAAUUUAUCGUUUUUAAAAAAAU